CUGUCUAUUUCUUCCUUUCAAAAACCCAAAACCGAAGAAAAAUCCAUAAUUUGGCUCAUCUCUCUCAAAAAACCAGAGCUCAAAGCUUCAUUUGUUGUCUCUCUAAUGGAGGUGCUCAAACCCUAAACACCUUCUUCAUCUUCUCUUUCUUAAUCUCUUACUUGUAUGAAAAACCUCAAAUUUCCCACAAAAAAUGAGACUUUUCUUUGGUUUUUGGACUUGCUUUUUCAUCGCCACCUUUCUUAUAUAUGUUGAAGCUGCUGGCGAUUCCCAGUUACUACUCAAGUUUAAAGCCAGUUUGCCUAACCCAUCUCUCCUUCAAAGCUGGGUUCCUAACACGGACCCUUGUAGUUUCAGUGGCGUCACUUGCCGAGACUCACGAGUUUCAUCGAUUCAACUCAUUUCUAUCCCCUUGAGCACUGAUUUUCACUUUGUUGCCGCUUACCUUUUAGUACUUGAAAACUUGGAAUCCCUGUCUUUAUUCAAAGCCAACAUCUCCGGCAACAUUUCUUUCCCUUCUGGAUCCAAGUGCAGCUCGUCGUUGAACGCCUUGGAUCUAUCUGACAACGCCUUGUCCGGUCCCCUUUCAGCUGUUUCCAGCUUGGGUUCUUGCUCGAACUUGAAGCUUCUUAAUUUAUCAAGCAAUAGCCUCGGAUUUUCCGGUGAUGAAUCCAGCAGGGGUUUGCAGCUGAGUUUGCGAGCUCUUGAUCUUUCUUUCAACAAGAUUUCCGGUGAUAACGUGGUUCCUUGGAUCCUCCAAGGUGGGUGCGGCGAGUUAGAGCUCUUGGCUUUGAAAGGAAACAAGAUUGAUGGUGAAGUAAACGUAUCGAACUGCAAGAAUUUGCAGGUUUUGGAUCUUUCAGCGAACAAUUUUUCGGCUGAUUUUCCUUCAUUCGGAGACUGCUCCGCCUUGGAACAUAUUGAUAUCUCCGGCAACAAGUUCUCCGGCGAUAUAGCUCGUGCGAUUUCUUCAUGUGUGAACAUUAAUUUCUUGAAUCUAUCGAGCAAUCAGUUUUCCGGUCAGAUUCCAGCUUUGCCAACUUCUAAUUUGCAGUAUCUGUAUUUAGCUGAAAAUAAUUUCCAAGGGGAGAUUCCUUUGUAUCUCACUCAAGCUUGUUCAAAUCUCGUUGAGCUUGAUCUCUCUUAUAAUAAUUUCUCUGGGUUGAUUCCUAGUAGCUUUGGUUUUUGCAGUUCUUUGGAAUCAUUCGAUGUGUCUAGCAAUAAUUUCACUGGUAAAAUACCCAUUGAAAUAUUCCAGAAUAUGAGUUCAUUGAAGGAGCUUGGUUUAGCUUUUAAUUAUUUCUAUGGUCCACUGCCUGAAUCUUUUUCCACUCUUUCAAACCUGGAGGUUUUGGAUCUCAGUUCAAACAACUUUUCAGGGUCAAUUCCUGUUUCUUUAUGUGAGAAUCCCGGAAACAGGUUACAGAUUCUGUAUUUGCAGAACAAUAUGUUGUCCAGGUCGAUUCCGGCCAGUCUCAGUAACUGUUCUCAGCUCGUCUCGCUUCAUUUGAGUGUCAAUUAUCUCACAGGUACCAUUCCUUCGAGCUUGGGUCGUCUCUCGAAGCUUAAGGAUUUGAAGCUUUGGUUGAACCAGCUCCAUGGAGAAAUCCCUCAAGAGCUAAGCAACAUCCAGACACUUGAGACUUUGAUUCUCGACUUCAAUGAGCUGACCGGACCGAUACCUUCUGGCUUAAGCAACUGUACCAGGUUGGAUUGGAUUUCUUUGUCGAACAACCGAUUGACUGGCGAGAUUCCGUCUUGGCUCGGCGAGCUUUCAAGCCUUGCGAUUCUCAAGCUUAGCAAUAACUCUUUCUAUGGAAGAAUCCCACCAGAGCUUGGGGAUUGUAAAAGCUUGAUAUGGUUGGAUCUUAAUUCCAAUAACUUGAAUGGGACUGUCCCUAACGUGCUGUUUAAACAAUCAGGUAAAAUUGCUGUCAAUUUCAUUGCGGGGAAAAGGUAUAUGUAUAUCAAGAAUGAUGGAAGCGCAGAGUGCCAUGGAUCUGGAAAUUUACUCGAAUUUGCCGGAAUUCGUUCGGAACAGUUGGAUAAAAUUUCAACAAGGAACCCCUGCAACUUCACAAGAGUCUAUGGCGGCCACACUCAGCCUACAUUCAACAACAAUGGCUCUAUGAUUUUCCUUGAUCUUUCAUACAAUUCGCUGUCCGGGACGAUUCCAAAGGAGAUUGGCUCGAUGUUAUAUCUGUUUAUCUUGAAUUUGGGCCACAAUAAUCUAUCUGGAGCCAUCCCUCAAGAGAUUGGCAACUUAAAGGGUCUUGGCAUUCUUGAUCUUUCAUACAACCGGCUCGAGGGGUUGAUUCCGCAAUCGGUGACUGGCAUUUCAAUGCUUAGUGAGAUUGAUCUGUCAAACAACCGUCUAUCCGGUAUGAUUCCUGAUGCAAAUCAGCUCGAAACAUUUCCAGCUAAUAGUUUCAUGAACAAUUCAGAUCUCUGUGGUGUACCUCUUCCACCCUGCGGAAGUCCAUCAGUUAGUUCAAAUUCCGAGCAUCAAAAGUCCAACCGCAGGCAGGCUUCUCUAGCAGGGAGUGUGGCAAUGGGGUUGUUGUUUUCUCUAUUCUGCAUCUUUGGUUUGAUCAUGGUUAUUGUCGAAACGAAGAAACGAAGGAAGAAAGAUUCUGCUCUCGACGUUUAUAUCGACGGUCUUUCCCAUUCUGGGACUGCAAAUAAUACUAACUGGAAGCUAACUAGUGCUCGAGAAGCAUUGAGCAUAAACCUUGCGACAUUCGAGAAGCCCCUACGGCGGCUAACCUUUGCCGAUCUGCUUGAAGCCACUAAUGGCUUCCAUAACGACAGCCUCGUCGGUUCUGGAGGCUUUGGUGAUGUAUACAAGGCACAGCUGAAGGACGGGAGUGUUGUUGCGAUCAAGAAACUAAUACAUAUUAGUGGCCAAGGUGACAGAGAAUUCACGGCAGAAAUGGAAACCAUCGGGAAGAUCAAGCACCGGAACCUUGUCCCACUCUUGGGCUAUUGUAAAGUCGGCGAAGAACGACUUCUAGUUUACGAGUAUAUGAGGUAUGGAAGCUUAGAAGAUGUUUUACAUAAUCAAAAGAAGACCGGGAUCAAACUGCAAUGGGCGGCAAGGAGAAAGAUCGCCAUUGGAGCUGCAAGAGGACUUGCAUUUCUUCACCAUAAUUGCAUCCCGCAUAUAAUUCAUAGAGAUAUGAAAUCGAGCAAUGUCCUACUGGAUGAGAAUUUGGAGGCAAGGGUCUCGGAUUUCGGGAUGGCAAGGCUUAUGAGUGCAAUGGAUACGCAUUUGAGUGUCAGUACAUUAGCCGGUACUCCUGGCUAUGUUCCCCCUGAAUAUUACAAUAGCUUCCGAUGUUCCACGAAAGGCGAUGUUUAUAGCUACGGUGUAGUGUUGCUCGAGUUGCUAACAGGGAAAAGGCCUACGGAUUCUGCUGAUUUCGGCGAUAACAAUCUCGUAGGGUGGGUGAAACAGCAUGCCAAACUCCGAAUAGCAGACGUCUUUGAUCCGGAGAUCAUAAAAGAGGACCCGAGCCUUGAGUUCGAGCUUUUACAACACUUAAAAAUAGCCUGUGAUUGCUUGGACGAUCGACCGUUGAGACGACCAACCAUGAUUCAAGUCAUGGCGAUGUUCAAGGAAAUACAAGCAGGAUCUGGACUGGACUCGCAAUCGACGAUUGGCACCGAAGACGGCUGUUUUAGUUCCAUGGACAUGGUAGAUAUGACCAUUAAAGAAGUCCCCGAAGGUAAGGAGUAGGCAAUAGGAUUGUUGAACCAAAUUUUCACAUGAAAAUUCUUUGAAGAUCUGAAGCAAUUGGGUAUUUGAUCCAAUCAGCUCCCACAAAAUGCCGCAUCCCUACCAUUUGAUGUAUGUAUACAUAAAACAAGCUGUUUUUACCUUGUCAUAAAAUGUGUAAAUAUACAGUUCCCAGUUGUUUUGCUGUUUCAUUCCCCAUAUGUUUUCUUAUGAAAAAAA